ACUGUGCCUGAUUUGUGGCCAAUGUUGGAGAUGUAAAAAAAGGAGGAAAAAACACUAACCGGGUAGCUAUGGAGAUAGAACGUUUUGCGGGCUGCUUUCUUUGACAUGUGUUGAGUGGGUAAAAGUCUUAAAACAGUGUCCAACAUGUACGCCAAAGGUAAAGGAGCAGUCGUCCCCUCCGAUAGCCAAGCGAGAGAGAAAUUAGCUUUAUACGUGUACGAGUAUCUACUGCAUGUUGGAGCCCAGAAAUCAGCACAGACGUUCCUAUCUGAGAUCCGAUGGGAGAAGAACAUCACGCUGGGGGAACCCCCAGGAUUCCUGCACUCGUGGUGGUGUGUAUUCUGGGACUUGUAUUGCGCUGCCCCUGACAGACGCGAGACCUGCGAGCAUUCCAGCGAGGCCAAGGCCUUCCACGACUAUAGUGCAGCAGCAGCUCCCAGUCCGGUGAUGGGCAACAUGCCCCCUAACGACGGCAUGCCUGGCGGACCCAUGCCCCCAGGCUUCUUCCAGGGCCCGCCCGGCUCGCAGCAGUCCCCCCACGCACAGCCACCCCCACACAACCCCAGCAACCCUAUGAUGGGACCCCAUGGCCAGCCCUUCAUGUCUCCGCGGUACCCCGGUGGACCCCGGCCAUCACUCCGUAUGCCAAAUCAGCCUCCAGUGGGAGUCCCAGGGUCACAGCCACUCCUGCCAAACAGUCUGGACCCCACCAGACCUCAAGGACACCCCAACAUGGGCGGCCCAAUGCGAAUGAACCCUCCCAGAGGGAUGGGUGGUAUGGGCCCACAGAACUACGGUGGGAUGAGACCUCCCCCCAACUCCCUGGGAGGCCCAGGCAUGCCCGGCAUGAACAUGGGUCCUGGAGGCCGAGGUCCUUGGCCCAACCCAAACGCUAAUUCGAUAGCAUAUUCUUCCUCCUCUCCUGGCAACUAUGUGGGUCCUCCAGGAGGUGGGGGUCCACCAGGAACUCCCAUCAUGCCCAGCCCAGGAGACUCCACAAACUCAAGUGAAAACAUCUACACGAUGAUGAACCCUAUCGGUCCAGGUGGCAACAGACCUAACUUCCCCAUGGGCCCUGGUCCUGAUGGUCCCAUGGGAGGGAUGGGCCCCAUGGAGCCCCACCAUAUGAACGGAUCGCUAGGCUCUGGAGAUAUGGAUGGGUUGCCAAAGAACUCUCCCAACAACAUGGGGGGCAUGAACAACCCUCCGGGCACCCCGCGUGACGACGGGGAGAUGGGCGGCAACUUCCUCAACCCCUUCCAAAGUGAAAGUUAUUCACCCAACAUGACGAUGAGUGUCUGAUUUUUUUUCUUCUUUUCUUAUUUUUUUUUUUAUUUCUUCUUUGUUUUUAUGUUUUUUUGUUGUUGUUUUUUUUAACCCCUUCGCUGAAAUGGCUCCGUUCCCCUUUGAUCCUGCCCCCCUUCCCCCUCUGCAACUCACCCCGCCAUUCCUGGCUCUACAAAAAAAAAAAACUCAACCCCAACCUCGCCGACUCCUUAAAAACCUCACACACCUCUCCACUGGCCGCACACUCCACACACCCCCCUCUGCCCACCUACCCCCCCCUGCCCGCUCGGUGGAACUUUGGUUGCUGCGCUCAGUCCCCUGGGAGGCCCAUGGAGCACGGACCUGGAGCACAGUCCCUGGGCCUGCCCUCGCUGCCCACCGUGUGCGCCAUGGGCGCUGGUGGCAUCGGCAGCGGCAGCUGCAUGGGUGUGGGGACAGGUGGCAGCAGUGGUGGCAUGAGGAAGCAGCGACAGAGCCACCGGAAGAGCCUCCACUCGGACCACUCGCCCAGCAUCUCCACAUUCCUCACGGGCCCAGGACUGUAAGGCCUGGAAGGAGAGAGAGAGAGAGCGAGAGAGAGAGAGAGAGACUGUGGAGGAGAGAUGGAGGGAGGUGACCAGACAGGAGUCUUCAGCACAGCAUGUCCAACCAAUGCCAGACUGCCCAGCUUUCAUUGUGUUAUUUUUUGUUGUUGUUGUUUGCUUCAGUCUGCAUUUCUUCACUUUGUAAUAUUUUUUGUAGUUUGAUUUUUAGUUUUUUUUUUCUUUUUUCUUUUUCUUAUUUUGUAUGACCCUCUGGAUGCAGUAGUUCAACACAGAAGGAGGAGGAAGAUGUCUGAACUUAACACCACCCCCUCCCAUUUUAUUGUGUAAAUUUUUUAAAGAAGUUGUUUGGCAAUGACAUAUUUUUCAUUAUACUGUGUAUGUAUUGUAUUAUGAAUAUUAUUUUAUUUUUUAUUAAUAUUGUUAUAAUGAUUAUUAGACCCCCAACCCAUUUCCCUUUGAUGGGCAUGACAUAGCUAAGCAACCAUGACAAUGACCAGACACAAGCACACACUCAUGAUAAACAACUGCAGUUGUCACGGUGACAGAUGUUUAGGCAUCGUUUUAUUGUCUCUGCCAGAUAUUUAGUCCGAAUUACCUGUGCUACCUGCCAUUUAUUCUCACCCAACCAGUUUAAUUCAGCGAGACUGUGAGCCCCCAAGCGGCAUCCUCAGCACACGUGAGUUUCAUUUGGAGGGUGAAAGCAUCCCUUUAUUGAUGAGCUGGGAGCAGUUUGUCUGUGUUCAUGUGCAUCACAAGCCAGAGGUUUCCCCCUUUUAAACAGCAUAGACACCUCCAAGAGCCACAUGGCCUGCAUCAAUGUUUACCUCUCCUUUGUGUGCAGAAUACCUCUGCCCUGAAGCCCAUAAAAACAUAAAAAAACACUCAUGUGUACACACACAGACUUUCACAUACACUGCAACACCCAUGUGAAAUAUAAACAAGGAA